AUGAUUACAUCCAUUCAUAAAUUAAAAAAUGUUGUAUUUUGGCGAAUUUAUAUUUUAUUAAAAUCUCUUCUAAUCACUGCAAUAGAUAUUUAAUCUGUUAAUGUAAUCAUAAACUUUGACUUCCCACUGACUGUUGAAAUCUAUUUACGUAGCAUAGUCAUAUCAGGAAGGUGA